AUGGCUACUCCCCACCUGAAUCACAGACAUAACUCUAGAAACUCAAACAAGAAGGUCAACUCCAGUGGUAAUGCAGUAGAAGUCGAUCGUUUCAUUCCAAAAUCAGUUUCAAGAAAUGCUUAUAAGUCUAUUCCCAUGUUGAACGGGUUUGAUAUAAGCUACUCGGAACUUUGUGAGAAAUCCCCUUCGCCUGAGCGGCUAUCCUCUCCUGAAUUCUUCAACGAACUAAGAAACACGGGAAACUACGAAUCAAUAAGCAUCACAAACGAAUUCUCCAUAUCAAGCAUAUCCAGCUCUUCAGAUAGUCAAAUUGCUAGAGGUGAAAGUGCAAGAGCUUCAAGGAAGGAUGAUUCAAAAUUAACUAAAGAACAAAAGAACCAUAGGAAAAACAUUGCUCAUUCUCUUGGUUUCCAAUUACCUGACCGUGUCUUUAAAUUCGAGUCUACAAGUGUUGAGACUCAGGAGAAGAAUCUAAUCAUGAAAAAUAGCUUAGUAUCAGGAAGCAGCGUUGGAAUACGGACAACUUUUGACUUUGGUACGCUGUCGCCCGAUGUGGCCCGUUACUAUAUUGCUAAUUCAAAUGCAAGAUCUGCAUCUCCACAAAAAGGGCUCCAAAGACCGGUUAAAAGAGUCAAGUCACAUAUUCCAUACCGUGUAUUGGAUGCACCUUGCCUGAGAAAUGACUUUUAUUCAAAUUUAAUUUCUUGGUCAACAACCACGAACAACGUUCUAGUGGGGCUGGGUUGUUCCGUGUAUAUUUGGUCAGAGAAAGAUGGAGCGAUAUCCAUAUUAGAUCAUCAGUAUUUAAGUGAGAAGAGAGAUCUGGUAACCUGCGUUUCAUUUUGCCCUUAUAAUACUUAUUUUAUAGUUGGCACAAAAUUCGGUCGUAUUCUUCUUUAUGAUCAAAAAGAGUUCUUCCAUUCCACCAAAAAAGAUGAAAAGGAACCGGUCUUUGUUUUUCAAACAGAAUCCUUUAAAGGAAUAUGCUGCUUGGAAUGGUUCAAACCAGGUGACGUGUGUAAGUUCUUCAUCGGAGAGGAAAAUGGCAACGUAAGCCUUUUUGAAAUCAAGAAUUUACAUUUUCCGUUGAAAAAAUGGAAUAAAAGACAAAAAUUCGAGGAAGAAAAUUUAAUUGGAUUGAAGCUCCACUCGACAUAUCAGGCUCAGGCCCAACAAGUUUGUGGUAUCUCAUUGAAUGAGCAUUCAGGCUUGCUUGCCGUGGGUGGAAAUGACAAUUCUUGUAGUUUAUGGGAUAUUUCAAAUUUGGAUAAACCGGUAAAGAAAUUUGUGCUUCCUCAUAAAGCGGCAGUGAAAGCCAUUGCAUUCUGUCCUUGGUCAAAAUCUUUACUGGCAACGGGCGGUGGAAGUAAAGACAGAUGCAUUAAGUUUUGGCAUACAUCAACUGGCACAUUAUUGGAUGAGAUUUACACCUCAGGACAAGUCACUUCUUUAAUAUGGUCAUUAAGACAUAAACAGAUUGUUGCUACUUUCGGAUUUGGAGAUACUAGAAAUCCUGUGUUAAUAACACUCUAUUCAUAUCCGAGAUUAUCAAAACUACUUGAAGUCAAAUCACCGAGCCCACUACGUGUACUUAGCGCGGUUAUCUCUCCAAGUUCCACGGCAAUUUGCGUUGCCACCAAUGAUGAAACAAUCAGAUUUUACGAACUGUGGAAUGACAAAGAAGAGAUAAUUAAUGAGAUCCAAGAAAGCGGGAUUUAUGGAUCUAAUAUUAUAGAGUAUAUGGAGGGAAUCGAAACGACACAUAACAAAAGAAUAAGGUGA